UUUUGAAUAUGUAUUUAUUUUCUAGGUAGCAUAUUUCAUUUAAACUAGCAAAAUGGUGCGUAUGAACGUAUUGAGCGAUGCUCUGAAAUCAAUUAACAAUGCUGAAAAGAGAGGCAAAAGACAAGUUUUGAUUAGGCCUUGUUCCAAAGUCAUCAUCAAAUUUUUAAAAGUUAUGAUGAACCAUGGUUAUAUUGGUGAGUUUGAAAUUGUUGAUGAUCACAGAGCUGGCAAAGUAGUUGUUAAUCUAACUGGUCGUUUGAAUAAGUGUGGUGUUAUAUCCCCAAGAUUUGAUGUACCUAUUAGAAAUAUUGAAAAAUGGACUAAUCAAUUACUGCCUUCCAGACAAUUUGGGUAAUUAACACUUUUUAUUUAAAUAAUUAGAAAAUAUUAUGUUGUAUAUUGAAACUGAGUUAUUAUACAUUUUAUUAUCUUGGGAACUAUCGUUAUUUAAGAAUGUAAUUGUUGUUCUGUUUUUUAAUUUGUUCAUUAAAUAAUUUACUUUUAAUAUGGAGCGUUUUCUGUGGUCAUAGGGGGAUAAUUGUAGGGCUUACUGUUCCCUUUAAAUACAGCCAGUCUUGCAUUUAUUCCACUUUGACAAUAGGAAUAUUUCAUCUUGAUUCGUAAUUGUUGUAUGUUAUAUUGAUAUUUGUACAUUUAUUUUAUUCUUUUACUGAUUAGUAGUACAUUUUCUUUAAGUAUAGAUAAUAUGUAUUUAGAAUAGGACAUUCAGAGUAUUUAUUUUUAAAAGUUUAUUAAAAUUGUAUAAUUGAG